AUGUCGCUUGGACAUACCAGCGCUGGUUCCCUCCUUGCCAGGGCGGCUGCCUUGGGCGGCGCGCUGCUGGGUUGUCAUCUUGCGAAGGAGACCCUCGCUUGGGUGGGCAUCAGCAGCCCAGAAGGCGCCUGCAGCGUCUUUGUCAGCCACCGCGGGCCCUAUUCGCGGCCACCAGGGCGGAUGCUUCGCCGGGCCCAGGGCAGAGACCCUUUUACUGUGCUUGGUGUGGAGUCGAGUGCGACGCGCGAUGAGGUCAAGAAG